UACAAAAUUUGCCUUAUCACAUGCAGGCAAGUCUAUAAAUGGAUUCUCCCAGCUUCGCCAAUUCACGAGACUGAUUAAGCAAAAGCUAGCCUUUGCAAAGAAAGGCCAAGAAAUGUUGAGUCCAACGUUGCUCACUCUCUUUGUCCUUUCCACCUUCACCCUAUGCCCACCUUCAACCACUGCUCAGCCUGUGCUGGACAUGGACGGCGAAGUGGCUGAAAACGGUGGCACGUUCUAUAUCUUGCCGGUGAUCAGAGGAAGCGGCGGUGGAAUAGAGCAAGCCGCAACGGGAAACGAAACAUGCGCUCUGAGUGUUGUUCAAACUCGCAAUGAGGUCUCUAAGGGGAAACCAGUGACGAUAACUUCCCCAUUCAAGUCACUUUUUAUCCCCCAAGGAAGAGUGAGUGUUGGGUUCAUUGCUGUUCCUACUUGUGCCAGCACUCCUUCCACAUGGACUGUUGUGGAGGGUUUAUCGGAAGGAUCUGCGGUUAAAAUUACUGGCUAUGAUAACACGUUGAGUGGUGGGUUUAUAAUUGAGCAAGGUGGUUCUAUUGACUAUAGCUAUAAGCUUUCGUUCUGUGCAUCUGACACUAGCGUGUGCCAACCUAUUGGGACUUCUUCUGAUGGUCAUGGAAACAAGCCUUUGGUACUUACUGAUGGCAAUCCCUUCGAGUUUGUGCUUCAGAAAGUUUCUUCAUCUUCUUCUUCUGCAUGUAUUGCAUCCGCAUGACAUGAAAUUAGUGCUGUACUUUCACGUAGUGAGAGUCAUGUAUAAGAUGAUGAUGAAUAAAUGCUUUGGUUGUAGUUGCUGCAAGACUAAAUAAAAUAAUCAAAGCUCAUAUCUUCGUUUUUUUUUUCUUCA